AGGUGCCUAGAUGGCAGUAUUGCGUCUAUGGCAGUCAGUACGCGUACAAACUCGUACUGAACCCGAACCUGACCACUCUUCUAAGGGGAGGGGAGGCCGCUGUUUAUCAGGAGGCGCCGGGACUCUCACGCCCGACUAGCAGCUCCAGACCCGCGGCUCCCCGGGCGCCCUCCGAGUGGGUGUGUUCUCCUUUCCCGGGAUCCUGUGCGCCGAUUCAGCGAAGACCUAAGAUGGCGACUGCACAUCUGAGGAUCGGAGAUCUGGUUUGGGGAAAGCUGGGACGGUAUCCACCCUGGCCUGGUAAGAUCGUAAGUCCUCCUAAGGAUCUGAAGAAGCCACGGGGCAAGAAAUGUUUCUUUGUGAAGUUUUUUGGCACUGAAGAUCACGCGUGGAUAAAGGUGGAACAGCUGAAGCCCUAUCACCCCCACAAGGAGGAGAUGAUCAAGAUAAACAAAGGGAAGAGGUUUCAGCAGGCUGUGGACGCAGUCGAGGAGUUCCUGAAGAAAGCCAAGGGCAAGGAUCAGGCAUCGCACAGCUCCAACAGCUCUGAAGAAAAGAAAUUAGCAGCUGACGUAAAGGGCAGAAAAAAUCCCGGCAGGCCUGUGAAAUUGAUCAUAGACGAAGACGAAGAUGACCUAAAUUCACACAGGGGGGUCUGCUUACAGAAAGACAAGGAAUUAACUGAUUCUGACCCUGAACCGUCCUCUGUUCGGCUGGGCACUGGAACAGUGACAGGAUUCAAAUGGGAGAGCAGUCCGGUAAAGGAUGAUCCACAUUUCCAUCACUUUCUGCUCAGCCAGUCUGAGAAGCCGGGUUCUUCGCUGGAACCGAUUAGCAAAAGGCUGAAGAUCAUUGAGGAGGAUACAGGCUCAACAUCGAUACAGGCAGCUGACAGUACAGCUAUCAACGGAAGCAUCAUCCCCACUGACAAACGGAUAGGAUUCCUUGGGCUUGGACUUAUGGGGAGUGGAAUAGUCUCCAACCUCUUGAAGAUGGGUCAUGUGGUCACAGUGUGGAACCGCACAGCAGAAAAGUGCGACCUGUUCAUCCAGGAGGGCGCCAGGUUAGGCCGAACGCCGGCCGAAGUUGUCUCAAUGUGUGACAUCACUUUCUCCUGUGUCUCGGACCCAAAGGCAGCCAGGGAUCUUGUUUUGGGCCCCAGCGGCGUGCUCCAGGGAAUCCGGCCAGGAAAGUGCUACGUGGAGAUGUCCACCGUAGACCCAGAGACGAUCACGGAGCUGGCUCAGGUCAUCACCUCGAGGGGGGGUCGUUUCCUCGAGGCCCCCGUCUCCGGAAGCCAGCAGCUGUCCAACGACGGCAUGCUAGUCAUCUUGGCGGCCGGAGACCGAACGGUGUACGAAGACUGCAGCAGUUGCUUCCAGGCUAUGGGAAAGACGUCCUUCUUCUUGGGUGAAGCGGGCAAUGCGGCGAAGAUGAUGCUCAUCCUGAACAUGGUACAGGGCAGUUUUAUGGCUACAAUAGCGGAAGGACUUACUCUGGCUCAAGCCACAGGCCAAUCACAGCAGACAUUCUUGGACAUUCUUUGUCAGGGGCAGAUGGCAAGCACCUUUUUGGACCAGAAAUGCCAAAAUAUCUUGCAGGGGAACUUCAAACCGGAUUACUAUUUGAAGCACAUUCAGAAAGAUCUUAGGUUAGCGAUCGCAAUGGGAGAUUCAGUCAAUCAUCCGACCCCAAUGGCAGCCGCUGCCAAUGAGGUGUACAAGAGAGCGAAAGCAUUGGACCAGUCAGACAAUGAUAUGUCUGCAGUCUACAGAGCCUAUAUUCACUGAACCUGUAAGAUGUAUUUCGACCACUGGACCACGUCACCCCUUUCAACCCCCAGCCAACCUUCACCCAAGUUUCCUUUUGUAUGAAUUUGCUCAGAUCAUGCCUGUGUGGCAUUGGUGAGAUUUUUUUUUUCUUCCCCGUAGGAUAUGGGAACUAGCCAAAUGUGAGCGUCACACUGACAUUCCCGUGGUGGCAUUGGGCUCCGCUUGGCAUUUUGGGCUGAGGAAAGGGGGGGAGAAUAAUGCAGGGUGUCAUUCUGACUUCCCGCCGGAGAUCGGAUUCCGAGUUGGUCUGGCUUGAGUUAAAUUAAUCUUGCAUAUCCUCAUUUUACAUUAUUUAAUUUUUUAAAAUAAGUAUCCUGAAUUUCCUUAAAUUAUAAGCCUGUUAUCAAAAAAAAAAAAAGGAUAGAGAUGCACCUAGAAAAUACCGUAGCAAUGCCUUAACGUGACCCACAAUUUAAUUUUUUAAUUUCCAUGGGCGCUAACAUCUUUCGUUUUCAAUUACUUUCUGGCCACUGUCCUCACGUUACAAGAGCCAGAGUAGUUUGGUCAGAUUUAAUUUCCGUCACUGAAAUUUCAAAGCCUUAAAAUAACCGCUUCGCUGCAAUUUCCCCCAGGAAAAACGUACAUGGUUUGUCACACAUGACUGUUAUUGGUUACCUUGCAGCGAUUGUUGAAACAAUGAAUCGUAAGUGUAUUGAAAGGUCACCAGUAUAAUUCUUUAUGGGGAAAGGGUCCUUUCUGAUGAUGCCUAUGGCUUACUUUGUUGUUAUUGGCUGCUGUAACUACAGCUGUCGUUUUGUAACGAGCUAUCCAGACUUUCGUUUGGUUUAAUAUAUAUAUAUUUUUUAUUAGGGUGGUGGGAGGGACAUUGUUUAAUGCCCUGCAGCCCUGCCCUUGCUGUCCAGUCCAGUGUACGCCCUCUGGUAUCUGACUGUAGGUUACCACACUGUUACCGUUAAUUGUUAAUCAGGGCCAAACAUGCAUGCAGGACUGCAGAAGUCCUUGCCUUACUUUUUUUUUUUUUGUUGUUUUGAGGCAGUGGGUAAAUGUGGCCAAGAACAGUGUAACAAACUCAAAUUGCAUUGCUCACUCGGCAAUAAGAGCACGAGCCUGUGCUUUUCCCCUUCCUGACAAAAAGGGGAAAAAAAAAAAUAUGAACAAAUUUUAUUUCAACCCUGUUUGUAGCACAUUUCUUUUUAGCGAAUAAUUAGCUGGACCUUAAUAUAAUUUAAGUAUUUUAAACAAUAUGCGGCCUGUAUGUUUAAAUCCUUUUGGUUUAAUUUAUUCAAUUUGCAUGUCAAUCAAGUGGCUAAGGUCUUUUAUCUGUUUUAACAAAUGUUUUCUUUUACCAAAUAUAAAUGCAAACUGCUUAAGGGCAGUUUAUACACAGCACUGUGUAUAAAACAGUUUUUAGGAUAGGAAAAAAAUUGUAAAUAGCCCAUUUGGAGUUGUGUGGGAUUACAUGCUACAUGGGUAUAUUAUGGAACAAUGACUAGACUGAGGUUAAUUUUGUCUGUAGGUUGUUCUGUUAUGUGUUGCUGUUAGUGUCUCUUUUGUUUCCCCUUCAGUUUGUUGUAAAUGGUUUAUGUUGCAAAAAAAAAUCUGAAGAACAGUUAACAGAAGGUCCAUGGUGUGUGAGGAAGCUGUUGGUGUGUUUGGGAAUAUUUAUAAUUUGGUAUAGAGGUGAACAUGUCAAGGAUUUUUUGUGCAGUUAACUGAAGCCUCCUGAUUAAAGAAACUGAAGCCCUUC